AACGCUCCAACGAACGUUCUGCCAUAAACCACAAGAAGAAGAGAAAGAUUUUGCGCAAUAAACAUUAUUUGGAUAAGGGGACUCUCAUAGAAAAGAAACGACGAUCUAAGUGAAAGCUUAGCUCCAGAAGGCCAGGCGUGAUCAUGGGGAAGGCACUGUCCCACCUGUUAAAGCAGACAUGCCAUGAGGACGGCCAUGCCACCAUGAACUCUGGCCCUGAGUAUAACCGCAUGCCGAGUGAGGAUGUCAAGGGCAGUGGAGAUGUUUCUCAGUUUCCGUAUGUGGAGUUCACUGGCAGGGACAGUGUAACCUGCCCAACAUGCCAAGGCACUGGGAGAAUCCCACGAGGUCAGGAAAAUCAGUUGGUGGCGUUGAUUCCUUACAGCGACCAGAGGCUGAGGCCAAGGAGAACAAAGCUCUAUGUGUCUGCCUCAGUCGUUGUUUGCCUGCUGCUGUCAGGCUUGGCAGUGUUUUUCCUUUUCCCACGCUCCAUCGACGUGACCUAUGUGGGGGUGAAGUCUGUAUAUGUCACCUACGACCAGGCCAAGCACAUUGUGUAUCUCAAUGUUACUAACACGUUGAAUAUCACUAACAACAACUACUACUCUGUGGACGUAGCCAACAUCACAGCUCAAGUGCAGUUCUCCAAGACUGUGAUCGGAAAAACACGCAUUAGCAAUAUAACCACUAUCGGCCCACUGGAUAUGAAGCAGAUUGAUUACAUGGUGCCUACCAUUAUAGCUGAUGAAAUGAGUUACAUGUAUGAUUACUGCACACUACAGACUAUCAAAGUGCACAAUGUAGUGAUGAUGAUGCAGGUAACAGUCACCACGGUGUAUUUUGGCCACGCUGAACAGGUCUCUCAGGAGAUGUACCAGUAUGUGGACUGUGGGGGAAACACUACAUCGCUGCAUGAGUACAAUCUAAGAACUCCUGCCUCAGACUAAUGCUCAAGCUCGAGGGUACACUGUGUUUGUCCCUUUUCUCUGCCAUCACCAUGUCCGUUACAUUCGUUCAAACCGCUUGACGUGCGUUUGUUAAAUAACCAGGAGGUUACAAAAUUACGAGCAAAGCACUUUAUUUUCCAAUCUCCUAAGACCUCUGAAUUCUGUAAAGUACUUGGAAAUAGGAAAACUGAAAACCACUCACAGCUGUACAGUAUAUUCACAUUCUCUUUUAAUGUCUUUGUCAAAAACACUUUAAUCACAAACACUGUAAUAUUUGAUAAAACCACUGCUUCAUGUUUAAAAUUCAGUUAAAAAAAGUGCACUUUGAAUACUUUUCUGCUCUAAUAUAUAUAAAUGUUUAUGACUGACAGAGUAUCUGGACUCUAAUAGAUCCUGCAUGAUCUGUUUAAAAGUAUGUGCAGCAUAUUACUAAGUAAAAUUAUUUAUUAGAUAUGUGUUACCUCCUGGCAAUCACAGACCCUCAUCUGCUGCGUCUGCAGUGGAUAUAGUUGUUUUCUAUGAGGUGAAGAUUUGCACUUAUUAGUGCACUUAAUAGGAUUAAGUCUUGAACUCUUUCUCUUUUUUCAGCUUGCUAACAAAGCCCUUUUUUUGUGCUGUCAGUGAUGGAAAUGACCUUGAACAAACAUUUGUUAAAACACAAUGUAUGAAAGAGCAAAUUGGUUUGAAAAAAGGAGUAAUUACACUGUCAAGGUUUGAAUUUAUGCUCAAACAAUCCAAAGUACAACCACACAAGCAUUAUACAUAUGUAUUUACAGACUGUAUAACAUUGUGUUGAACCACAUCAACAUUUUGUGUUGAUGAAUCGUGCCAUUUUUACAUUGUACAUCAAAUGUGGAUGACAGCACUUUUAAAACUUUUAAUCCAACUUUGUAUAAAAGCUUCUGGUACAAACAUUAUUAAUCAAAAACUAAUGAACUGUGUUAUGUAUCAAACACAUCUCUGUAACAUGUCUGUUAAUCUUUUUGUUUAUAUGAGUUACAAAAAAGUGAUGCGUUAUUAAUCACCGAACCCAAUGAAUAUUUGUUUCAAAGUCAUAUGUUUGUUCUUGCACUCGUCUGAUAAGGAUCCUGAUUUUCCUAAUCUAAUAUAGCCAAAAUAUACAACAGAAAAAUGGCUGAGGUGUCAUUAUAUUUAAAAACUGACAGUGUGUGGAGUUUGUAACUGUUGUAGUGUUGUUUCAGCUUAAGCUUAGUUUGCAGUUUUAACAAAGAGAUUAAAGAAUAGUUCUAGAUGCUGAAAGUAUUGUGUAAUAAAAUG